UACAUGCCCUCACAAGUAUGGCCGCCUACAGGAGCGCUGGGGUUGGAAGGAGUUUAGCUGCUCUUUUAACAAGGUCGCAUCCUGUAUGCAGUUAUCAUGGAACAGGGCUAAGCGGACAUCCCCUUAACACAGUCGGCAGAACUGCCUUGCCACAGCAAGCAACCACAAUGUUUAUCAGAAGCAUGUUUAUUCAGACUCAAGACACUCCAAACCCAAAUAGUCUGAAGUUUCUCCCUGGUCGCAUGGUGCUGGAAUCAGGGACCAUGGACUUUGCUGGACCCAGAGAUGCUUAUUGUUCACCUUUGGCAAGGCAUUUGUUCAGAAUUGAUGGAGUCAAGAGUGUUUUCCUGGGCCCUGACUUCAUAACCAUUACCAAGGCUAAUGGAGACACGGAGUGGAAGGUGAUCAAACCAGAUGUCUUCGCCACCAUUAUGGACUUCUUCACCUCUGGACUCCCUGUUGUCAAUGAGGCAGAUGCUCCACGUGCAGACACAGCUCCUUCGGAAGAUGAUGACGAGGUGGUUGCCAUGAUUAAGGAAUUGUUGGACACACGCAUAAGAUUCCACAAACGAUCAGAGGAAGGUGUUGUUGUGUACACUCUGUGGGGUUUUGAAGUAAGUUUAGAGCAUCAGAAAUAGUUCCUUGCGUGAAUUGCCAUGUGAAUAUUUAGCAUUAUGUCAAGGUAAAAUGGUAUUUAUUGCCAUUAGAUGCACCUGUUAUCAGUCGCAAUUAUAUUUUAUAGUUCUAUAAAGAAACUCCACAUUAGAUUUUUUAACCCUAACCCUAUUAGUUCAAAGAUGUGCUGCAAAAAUCUUAAGAAUUUUUGUAUUUUUUUUCCUGUAAAAAAAUCUAAUAAAUCCUUAAUAUAAAUUUACUUGAAGCUACACUGCAUAAGAUAUUUAGGCUUUUUCAGAGCAAGUGUAUUUUGUUUAACUGUACUGGAUUUUUUCCAUGUUUUUUGCUUGUUUAUAGUCCCAAACGUAUAGUCCAAAGUAUUUAGAUGACAUUACUGACGAUGAAUAAUAUAACGGAAUACGUUACAAAUUACAUUUUACAGCAUGUAUUCUGUAAUCUGUAGUGAAAUACUUUUUAAAAAGUAACCUUCCCAACCCUGGUGGGGACUAGUUCUUUCAAAUAUUCAAACUCUCACUUAGACCCACUUAGGGAAACGUUUAAUGUUACUUGAAUUGGUGCUAUUUUAGUGCAUUUCUAUCUUCAUACUGUGGAAGGCUUUGUUUUGAAAAUGUUUAUAAAGCAUUAUAUUGUUACAUAUUGAUUUGUUUUCUUUGCCAAGAGGGAAAUAAUGCAUUUUGAAAAGAAAAUAAGUAUAUAGUGUCAAAUUUCAGCACUUUCAAAAUCUGUGAUUAACUACAAAAAAUGAUGCGACUGAUCGCGAUUAAAAAUUUAAAUCAACUGGCAGCACUACUUGAUACUCAUGCCUGCAUGCUUUGGAGAGAGAGCAUACCUUUAUACUUUAUUUGCAAGUUUAAUUAGUUCUUAUGUACAAUUAUUAUUAUUAUUUUAUUUUUGGAGAGGCUUUUAGACAAUUUUUUAUUGUUUAACUUUUGAUUGCUUUGUCAUAUCAACACAAAAUUGUACUCAGUUACAGGUGACAUGAUUUGGAACCAAACAAAAGCAGUUAUUUGGAGCCACCUAAUUUACACCCUGAGAUAUAUAAUGUAAAAUCAGCAAAAUAAUAAGAAACAAAAAGUAAAUUUUUGCCUCAAGUUGUUUUGUGAUUUUUCAGCAGUUUCUUAGGCGGGAGUCUCAUACUCUUUUGAAAAGUUUUCUUUAAAAUGAUACCAAACAAUUGACCCUCUUUGGGUUUUUUUGCAGCGUUAUAAGCCUUUAAUUUUGGGCAUGCCACUGAAACAGGAAAUCUUUAAAAACACCUUCAGAGCUUAAAGGGUUAAUGUCUGAUUUGUGAAUGAGUUGGUCCUGUUCACAACACCAGCCUGAAUGAUUCUUAGAUUUGGUCACAGUGGUUAACAGCUCACUGAAAGGGAAGAUUAUCAGUGAAUUAUUAAGAUAUCGUAUGGUUUAAGAAGACUGUUUAAGGCGCACAAGUCGUGUGGGCUGUUUUUAUGAUACAUUUAUGGUGCUUUUGCAUGCUUAUUGAAAGCUUGAAAGUCUCAGCCACAUGGGGGCCAAUUACUUGGAAAAGACUGACCAGUACAAUUCUUAUGUGUUCAGUGUAACUAUUAAAGUCAUACAAGUUUGGAACAAUGUGACAUGAGGGUGAGUAAAUGAUGACUAUUAGAUAAAAAAAAAAAAAGUCUACAUAUGCAGCUCACUGGUUUUGGAACAGAGUGAUAGUUUUCAUGAUUUGACUUAAGAAAGGCUGCAACUUUCCUGUAUUUUCCUCUCUCC